UAUUGUCUGUGAUUUAAAAACUAACCUAAAAAUUUAUCAUGUGUAUGUAUUUACGUUUUUAAAAUUUUAUAAAAAUACAUUUAAAUUCUGCAAACAAUGUCUUCGCACACACGAUUGUUUGUAGGAAACGUACCUGAAAAUGCUACUCAGGAUGAUCUACUCAAAGCUUUUUCAUCGUAUGGACAAAUAAUCAAUGUGGAUCUUAAAAACAAGUCCAACACUGAAAGUGAUCAAAAGAAAUUUGCAUUUAUUACCCUAUCUGCAUCAAAUUAUGAAGUCGAGUCCUGUAUAAAGCAUUUUUCUAAUGAAGACUUUGGUGGCAGUCGACUUUAUGUUACAAGAGCAAGAGAAAGUUUCUUGGAAAGGCUACAGAGAGAAAGAAGUGAAGCACAGAGAAAAGAAACUGAAAAGCAAGAUCAAGUAGAAGAUCUACCAAAAAAGAAUCCUGUUAUAAAAUUAGGUGACAAACUAAAUCCAAGAAAAAGGAAAUUGGAUCACACAUCAAGCGAAAAUAACAAAGCAUUAAAGGUAUUAAAACCAUUUGAGAAAAAAAAGAAUCAAGUGCAUGAAGACCUCCAAAAUGGCGAUAAUACAAUUAAAGAUGGCAACAUUGAUGAAAAUGACAAAAAGAAGAAAGAUUCAGACAAGAAGAGGAUGGAGUCACUCAAAAAGAAAAGACAAGAGUUCAAACAAAAACAAAUGAUAAUAAAAACUGGCUUAAUUGGAGUUGAUAAAGCUCCCAACAAAAAAGUUAUAUUCUCAGAUAAUGAAGAAGAAACAGAAUCCAAGAUAGUAAAUGGAAAAGAAAAUAUGAAGACUUCAAAAUCAACUGACCAAAAGAAUACAUUAUUUGAUGACGAUGACAGUGGAGAUGAAGUUAACUUUGAGAUUAAAAAACAGUUUGAGGGCAAAAAGGGACAAAAGGUUUUAGAUUUACAAUCAAGAUACAAAUCUGAUAAACGUUUCAUCUUAGAUGAGAGGUUCAUUGAAGAUGACCAAUCGGAAGAGGAAGGCGGGCAAGGCAAACCAGACGAAGAAGAAAGGAUAGAUUUAAACAAUGCAGAUGAAAAAACAAAGCAGCUCAAUAUUUUACAAGAUGUCCUUGGUGUCUCUAUCAAAGCAAGACCAACUGAUAAUGAUACACGUAAAAUUAAAACAAAAUUGGGAAUGCUUCGUUUUGAUCCAUCUCAGCCUGAACAUGCAAAAUUCUUAGCACCUGUGGAAGAGACUAAAGAACCUGCAAAAAAAUCGAAAAAGAAGUUAAAGGAUAAACAGGAGGAGCAGAAAACAGAAACCGUUGAAACUGAAGUGGACAAAAUUGAGGUGUCAAAGGAGCAGUUUUAUAAAGUUACUGAGACCCUAAAAGAAGCUCUAGUUCAACCAACCACUUUCAGCUUACGUAGUUUAUUUGGACAGAAUGAAGAGACAGAGAAAGAAGCUCCUGAUCAGAAUACAGAUUACAUAGCAAUAGAAAAACCAAAGGUACCAAAAGUAAAGAAUCCUCUAGAUCCAAGUGGCAAAAAGAAUCCAUUUGUAUAUGAUUCUUCAGACUCUGAAGAUGAGGAAGUUAGCAAAGACAAGAAACAGGAGACUUUACAAGAAACAAAAAUAGAAACAGCAGAACCCAAAGCUGUUUGGAGAGAAAACCUGUUUUUCUCAACGUCUGAUAGCAGAUUGCAAGAUGGUUUAGCAUUCUUUAACAAAACAGAAACCAAUGAACCUCAUAAGGAAAGAAGGGAAUUGAAAUCAGUAAUGAAGAAAAGAAUAUACAACAAAGAAAGGAAGAACCAAAUGUUCCAGAAGAAAAUUGGAGGAAGAAAGAAAUCCCUUAAAAAGAGUUACAGGAUAAAAAGCUAGCAAAUGUGGGCUGAUGCCUGAUUUAUAAUAAUAAAAAAUGUAUAGAGAACUAUUGUUUUAUUAUUCCACAAGCAUAAAAUAUAUGGUUUGGACAUAACUAUCGCUUUUUCCAUGUAGCCUUCUUCCUGGCACCAGGUUGACCAGGCUUCUUGCGUUCACGACGACGAUGGUCACGAGUUAGCAACCCAGCUAACUGCAUUUUCUCUAAGGUUUCUUUUUCUACGAAACUGCGCAAUCCCCAAGCUAUACCCCAUCUGAUGGCACCAGACUGUCCUGAUGGGCCACCUCCUUCAAUAUUACAUUCCACAUCUACUCUGUCCUGCAUGCCAGUAAAUAUCAAAGGGAACAGGACUUGUUCUCUGGACUGCACAUCUUCAAAGUAUGUAAUAUCUUUACCAUUUAUAGUGAUCUUUCCAGUACCUGGUGAUCUAAUAGUGACAUCACCUCUUGCUUUCUUCCUUAAGCACUCAUAAGUUGUCACAAAGGCACGGCCAUCAUCAUCGUAAUUAGGUUUUGGGAUUUCCAAUGAAAAUUUCUGUGCAGCCAAAGUCUUUCUGUACUUUUCAAUAAAUUCCUUGCUUCUGUAAGCAUAUGGCAAAGAAGUAAGUCUUUCCAUGACGACUUUAAAGUUGUCAUACUCAAUGUCAAGGAUUUUCUCUACUAAAAUUUGUUCUAGUUGUUCUUUGGAGAGCCACAUGCUUCCUUCUAAAUUAAGGACGCCGUUGGGGUCAGGAGUGGCUUUCUUUCGGAUGACUUUGUCUUCAAAGUUGUGGAGCUGUUUAAUGUGAUCUGCAGCAUCAUAAAGUAGUUUGAAAAAGUUUGGUUUGCCAGUGUAAAACAAGAAAUGAUGUGGUCGCCCUGCUUCAUCAAAUUCAGCGGCUUUGCGAGCAGGAAAUAGUUCUUCUGGGGGUUUCAUUAACGGGCGUGCAGCUGGAUCAUAAAUACCACUAGGAAAUAGGUAUUCUAUAGCUCUAUCCACAUCUUUCUGAGUGAAAGUUUCGGGAUCCUCGCCCAUCAUAUUAGCCAAAUGUCGUUUCCCAAUAGUAAAUUCUUGUUGUUGUUUCUUCAUAAAUUCAUCAUGUUCUUGGGCCCGCUCUAGAUAAGCUUUCAUGGCUUUGCUAAUCUUUUUCUUCUUACUCAAAGUCUCCCAGUCAGUCA